AUGGCAGACGAGAACCACCCAACAUACCUCUCCCCUAGCGAGCUAGGCACCAAGGAUUAUUGGGAAACAUACUACGCGCGCACCCUGUCACACAUCUCUGGCAAACGCCAACCCACCACAACCACAGCCACAGGGACCGCAGACUCCUCCGACCCCGAUUCCGACUCCGAAGACUCCAUCGACGACGAUGACGACCCCGGCACAUCCUGGUUCUCCGAGCACAACGCGCCCACAAAAGUCCUUGACUUCCUCACCUCCGACGCCUUCCCGCUGGCGCCGUGCAACACGCGCCCCGCGGCCGAUGCCCAGCCGAGUAUCCUGGACCUGGGCACGGGUAACGGGAGCAUGCUCGCGCUGCUGCGCAAGCGCGGCGGGUUCAAGGGCGUCAUGGUGGGCGUGGAUUACUCGGCGCGCAGCGUGGAGCUGGCGAGGGAGUUGCAGCGGUUGAGGAUUCAUUCUGCUUAUUUGAGUGGGUCGGAGUCGGAAGAUGAGGAUGAGCAUGAUGCUGAGGGAGUAUGUGAGGAAGGCGUUGGGGGAGGUGAGAAGGCGGAGGAAAACCCGAUUCGGUUCGAGGAGUGGGAUAUCCUCAAUGCGGAGGCGGGGUUGGCGGAGCGCCGCGUGGACUGGUUCCCGUAUGGUGCUGGCGGGUUCGAUAUCGUGCUUGACAAGGGGACGUUCGAUGCGGUGUCGCUGUCGGAGGAGACUGUGGCUGCGGCUGGGGGUGAGGGUGAGGGGGAGACGGUGACGGCGACGGCGGCGGGGAAGGUGGUGCAGCGGCGGGUGUGCGAGCGGUAUCCGGGGAUUGCGCGCAAGCUGGUGCGCAAGGGUGGGUUUCUGGUGGUGACGAGUUGCAAUUGGACGGAGGAGGAGCUGGUUCGGUGGUUUACGAGUUCUGAGGGAGAGGAAGGUUCCGCUGCUGCUGCUGCUGCUGCUGCUGCGGCAGAUCGGUUGGUUGUCUGGGGCCGUGUGGAAUACCCCAAGUUCCGAUUUGGGGGGCAAGAGGGCCAGGGUGUUUGCACGGUGUGUUUCCAGAGAGUGGACUCUUAA